CGGGUCCGCUGCGAGCCCGCGCCUCCCAAUUCCCGGAGCCGAGAAGGGCUCGCGGCGGCCGCUCCGCUGGGCUCCAGGUUGGGCUGCCGGGCGCUGGGCCAGGGCGGGCGGGAGAGGGACGAGGGCUUGCGCGGAGGGCGGCGGCCUGGGCUCGCCGAGCCAUGGCGGCCCCGGAGCCGGCGCCGAGGAGAGGCCGGGAACGCGAGCGGGAGGACGAGAGCGAGGACGAGAGCGACAUCCUGGAGGAGAGCCCGUGUGGCCGCUGGCAGAAGCGGCGGGAGCAGGUGAACCAAGGGAACAUGCCCGGGAUUCAGAGCACCUUUCUGGCCAUGGACACGGAAGAGGGGGUAGAAGUGGUGUGGAACGAACUCCACUUCGGGGAUAGGAAGGCCUUUGCGGCCCAUGAGGAGAAGAUCCAGACCAUGUUUGAGCAGCUGGCGCUGGUGGACCACCCCAACAUCGUCAAGCUGCACAAGUAUUGGCUGGAUGCCUCUGAGGCCCGCGCGAGGGUCAUCUUCAUCACAGAAUACGUGUCGUCUGGCAGCCUCAAGCAGUUCCUCAAAAAGACCAAGAAGAACCACAAGGCCAUGAACGCCCGGGCCUGGAAGCGCUGGUGUACGCAGAUCCUGUCUGCACUCAGUUUUUUGCACGCCUGCAGUCCCCCCAUCAUCCACGGAAACCUGACCAGCGACACGAUCUUCAUUCAGCACAAUGGCCUCAUCAAGAUCGGCUCUGUGUGGUACCGCAUCUUCUCCAAUGCACUUCCUGACGAUCUCCGGAGCCCUAUAAGAACUGAACGGGAGGAGCUCCGAAACCUGCACUUUUUCCCACCAGAGUAUGGCGAAGUCAACGAUGGGACUGCUGUGGACAUCUUCUCCUUUGGGAUGUGUGCACUGGAGAUGGCGGUCUUGGAGAUCCAAGCCAACGGGGAUACCCGAGUCACAGAAGAAGCUAUUGCUCGGGCCAGGCACUCGCUGAGUGACCCCAACAUGCGGGAAUUCAUCCUCUCCUGCCUGGCCCGGGACCCUGCCCGCCGACCCUCGGCCCACAACCUCCUCUUCCACCGAGUGCUCUUUGAGGUGCACUCGCUGAAGCUGCUGGCAGCCCACUGUUUCAUCCAGCACCAGUACCUCAUGCCUGAGAAUGUGGUAGAGGAAAAGACCAAGGCCAUGGACCUCCAUGCAGUGUUGGCUGAGAUGCCCCAGCCCCAUGGACCCCCAAUGCAGUGGCGGUACUCAGAGGUUUCCUUCUUGGAGCUGGACAAAUUCCUAGAGGAUGUCAGGAAUGGCAUCUAUCCACUCAUGAAUUUCGCUGCUGCUCGGCCCUUGGGACUUCCUCGUGUGUUGGCCCCACCCCCGGAGGAGGCCCAAAAGGCCAAAACUCCAACCCCAGAACCCUUUGACUCGGAGACCAGGAAGGUGGUCCAGAUGCAGUGCAACCUGGAAAGAAGCGAGGACAAGGCUCGGUGGCAUCUUACUCUGCUUUUGGUGCUUGAGGACCGGUUACAUCGGCAGCUGACCUAUGAUCUGCUCCCAACCGACAGUGCCCAGGACCUCGCCGCCGAACUAGUGCACUAUGGCUUCCUGCACGAGGAUGACCGGACAAAGCUAGCAGCCUUUCUGGAGACCACUUUUCUCAAGUACCGUGGGACACAAGCGUGACCUUUCCAGUCCUGACAGCCCAGCAGAGAUACCAGGACUCAGGGUUGUCCACUUGUCAAAGAGCCCCACACUGCUCAAAGCUGCCUUCUGCCUGUGUUCCCUGGAACUGAAUACAGGUCUUUCUAGUGAAGACCCCUACCCCCUCCCCCCAGCUUUCUGCAGCAGUGUGGGACCCUGGGGUGGUGAUGGAGCCCUGAGCCUGGAUGGGAGUGGAUACAGGUCAGUUAGGGGACCCACACUCUAUCUGGUACUGGACAACAGCCAUGCCUUCAGGUGGCAGAAACCUAGGAAGGAGCCUGGUCUCAAAAGUAAUAGGGCCCUUCAGGUGUCAGACAGCGCUGGGCAUCAGGCAGACCAAACCUGACCUGAUUGGAGACUCAUAGAUUAGAGAGCUUGGAGUUAGACCUGUGGCCAGGAAAUUCCAUGGUCACCGCUCAGACCAGUCCCGAUUGCCUGGCAGACCUGCCUUGAGCCGUCUCUCUGAUCUUUCACACAUUUGAGACCAGGACCUGUGUCCUCCCAAAACCCUUGGGUAGGAUCUUUCUGUUCAUCAACCCUCUGGCCUAAGGGCUCAGAGGUCAGGCGUCCACUGCAUCCCCUCCCCGGGGAAGUCAAUGUGUUUGAGUCUGAGGAUGUGGGUUCCUCUUUCUCCUUAACCCAACUUGUCUCUCAUUCUUGCUGAUUUCAGAGUCCUGGUAAAUUCUUCCCCUCAGAACCACCCUGAUUUCUUGGUUCUUGAACUGCCUCCUCUCUUCCAACUUCAAAUUUAAGGUCUUAAACGUUUUUAAAUGUGUAUAUAAAUUUAAUGCCUUUACGUUCCUUUUGAAACACUUCACGUGUGAAACCAGGAAGGCUCACUACUGUACUAUUAAUAGUUCCACAUUGCUGCUGUUAACACAUAUCAUAGACCCAGUGGUUUGAGACAACACAAAUACAGUUCUGUACAUCAAAAGUUUGAUACUAGAUUAAUACCCAGGCUAAGCUCCUUUCUGGAAGUUGGGGCUCACCUCCUGCUCCUUCAAGCUAUUGGCAGAAUUCACUUCCCUACGAUGGUAAGGUAGAAAUUCCUGUUUUCUUACAGCUGCCAACUAAAGCCCUUCUCAGCUUCUAGAGGCCACCAAUUUUUCUUAGCUCUUCUUCUAUCCCCUUCAAGACCAGCAGCAUCAAGUUGAAUCUUGUCAUGGACUAGCUGUCUGGUUCUCCACUGCUGGGGAGUUUCGGGGCCUUUUGUGAGUUGGUUGGACCCGCCUGGGUAACCUGGGAUGAUAUCCUUCUCAGGGUCUGUAGAUUAACCACAUCUGCACGGUACCUUUUGCUCUGGAGACUAAUCAUCCUGGGUCUUGGUGCUUAGAGAGUAGACGUGGAAGGUGGAUGUCGUUACUAUGUUGCCUUCCAUGCCACCUUAGCCCAAACCAAAACCUAUAUUAAGCAAAGUUGUCAUGGGACAUUUAAUAAAUUAAAUGAACUCUCAUUGUGCAUGGUCUGACAUAGUCUAUUUUUAAAAUCCACAACAGAUUGUACAGAUAAUUAAACUGAACUUGUAAGCA